CGCUAGUUCGUGGCGUUAGUCGAUGAGUGGAAGCUGUAGCGUCUAGAUCGUGAAGUAGUAGAUCGCACACCGUACGUUCAGUUGUUUUGUUGUCAUUUCGUGUCUGUGACCUUCCUUAUCCCUCCCUCCACGAACGACCAUGGCAUUGCGAUUGGCGGCCUCUUUUUAUAACCCUUCGGGGUACGGGCGAGCAGUAAGAUGGUCUAGCAGAUGUCUGCAGACGAUUCGCUACCAAUCGACCGAACACCGGCAGUGCACCGACGGCGGCGAUCAGCAUGAACGGCGCCAGAGCUACGUGCACCACAUCGGCAGCAAACCGCUCGUCUAUCGGAACGUCGGUCAGCAUCUUCGCAUCGCCGCGGAACGUUUCCCAAACAUCGAUGCGGUCGUAUCCUGUCACGAAAGCACCCGGCUUUCAUUCUCGGCCGUCCUGGACAAGGUAGAUCGACUUGCAGCAGCAUUCUAUCAGCUUGGGCUCGAGAAGGGCGAUCGCGUUGCUAUCUGGGCACCGAACGGGAUCCUUUUUUACCUCGCCAACCUGGCGGCCGCCCGUGCCGGUAUGAUCUCGGUUGGUAUCAACCCGGCGUAUCAGAUACCGGAACUGGAGUACUCGUUGAACAAGAUCGGUGCUAAAGCGAUCAUUGCACCCGAAGGAUUCCGGCAGGCGAAUUACUAUGGCAUGCUGUCACACAUUGCACCGGAGCUGGCGUCCUCUCCGCCUGGUCAACUGACCAGCAAGACCGUUCCUUCGCUCAAGAGUGUGAUCAUCGAUAGCGAGAAGAAGUUACCGGGUGUGAUCAAGUUCAGUGAACUAUUUGAGCUGCCAGGUGAACGGGACAUCGGUGCAAUCGAGCGGCUCCAGUCGAAGAUCUCCCCGGAUGCUGGCGUCAAUUUGCAGUUCACCUCGGGAACGACGGGUGCUCCCAAGGCGGCCCUUAUGUCACACUUUGGAUUCGUCAACAAUGGUCUGCACAUUGGCCAGAGGAAUGAGCUGGACCGGAAGGAGCAUCGCAUGUGCGUCCAGGUGCCACUGUUCCACGCGUUCGGUAUGGUGAUUGCCAUCAUGACGGGCAUUUCUUAUGGUUCCACCGUUGUACUGCCAUCGGCCGGCUUUAAGGCAGCAGAUUCAUUGGCCGCCAUCAUGCGAGAAAGGUGUUCGGUGAUCUUGGGCACACCGACGAUGUACGUCGAUCUGGUGCGGCGUAUCGUUGAAACGGGCGCUCAGUUGGAAACACCGGAAAUAGCGGCCACCGGAGGUGCCACCUGUUCACCGAAGCUCUUUGCCGACAUCAAGAGCGCCCUCGGAGUUCGGAAGGUGAAGACGGUGUUCGGUAUGACGGAGACGACGGCCGUCAUCUUUCAGUCGCUGUUCGAAGAGACACCCGAAGAUGUCCAGCAAACCGUUGGCCAUGUAACGGAUCAUUACGAGGCGAAGGUGAUCGAUAGGGAGGGACAUACGGUACCGUUCGGGACAGCCGGUGAGCUGUGUGUCCGUGGGUAUGGUACGAUGCUCGGCUAUUGGGGAGAUGAAAAGAAGACGAAAGAAACGAUCGAUGUCGAUCGGUGGCUGCGGACCGGUGAUCAGUUUAUGUUGCGUGAGGAUGGAUAUGGUAGGAUUGUGGGACGGUUAAAGGAGGUUGUGAUUCGUGGAGGGGAGAACAUUUACCCGAAGGAGGUCGAGGACUUUCUCAACACGUACCCCAAGAUUCUGGAGGCACACUGUGUUGGAGUGCCGGAUGAGCGGUUAGGAGAGGAACUGUGUGCGUUCGUGAGGCUCAAGGAUUCCUCCGAGACGAUCGACCGGGAAGAGCUGAAGCGGUUCUGUGAGGGGCACCUGGCGUACUACAAAGUGCCACGGUAUGUGCGCGUGCUUAACGACCUCCCGAAAACGACCUCCGGAAAGGUGCAAAAGUUUAAGCUUGUCGAACUGUUUACGAAAGAGCAGCAAGGUGUUAGUCAAUAAAGAAGGUAUAGAGA